GAGUAAAGAAGACACUCCCACUGGAAAAAAAGCGACAAUUCUCUCUCUCUCUCUCUCUCUCUCUCUCUCUCUCUCUCUCUCUCUCUCCAGAAAAGAGUUCAAUUCAACCUUCCGGAAAAUUACAAACAAAAGAAGGAAUCGUCGAUCCGAUUUUCAUUUCCCUCAGUCUGUAAAAGCAAGAAAGAAACUCACACCACUUCGAUUCAAAACUCCAAAGUGAAAAGCGAAAGUGAAGCACACCCAGUACCCAUAACCAAAGAAAGAUUGAGACUUUGUAAAGAGAGAGAGAGAGAGAGAGAGAGAGAGAGAGAGAGAAAGGGGUUGAGAGAUGGGUGGGGUGACGUCAUCGAUGGCGGCCAAAUUCGCCUUCUUUCCGCCGAGCCCGCCGUCGUACACGGUGGUAACCGACGGCCUCACCGGUCUGUUGCUCCUCAGUCCAUUUCCGCACAGGGAAAACGUUGAGGUGUUGAAAUUGCCAACUAGAAAGGGGACUGAGGUGGUGGCAGUUUACAUAAGACACCCCAUGGCCACCUCCACUCUGCUUUACUCUCACGGUAACGCAGCCGAUCUGGGUCAGAUGUAUGAGCUCUUCAUUGAGUUGAGCAUCCACUUGAAAGUUAACCUCAUGGGGUAUGACUAUUCCGGGUAUGGACAGUCUUCCGGGAAGCCAAGCGAGCAGAAUACGUACGCGGAUAUUGAAGCUGUAUAUAAAUGUCUUGAGGAGAGCUAUGGUGCGAAGCAGGAGGAUGUCAUCCUUUAUGGUCAAUCUGUUGGCAGUGGCCCCACUUUGGAACUUGCAGCUCGUCUGUCCAAGUUAAGAGCUGUCGUUCUGCAUAGUCCUAUACUUUCAGGCUUAAGAGUUAUGUAUCCUGUGAAGCGUACUUACUGGUUUGACAUCUAUAAGAACAUUGACAAAAUCCCAUUGGUUGCUUGUCCUGUGCUGAUCAUUCAUGGAACUGCAGAUGAGGUUGUUGAUUGCUCUCAUGGUAAGCAACUCUGGGAACUAUGUAGAGAGAAAUAUGAGCCACUUUGGCUAAAAGGAGGGAACCACUGCGAUUUAGAGCUAUAUCCAGAGUAUAUCAGGCAUCUGAAGAAGUUUGUAUCUUUUGUGGAGAAACCACCUUCUCAGAGACACUCUUCAAGGAGGAGCACAGAUCAGUUUGAGCAACCUAGGAGGAGUACAGAUGUUUUUGAGGCUUCAAGGAAGAGCACUGAUAGGAGAGAGAAACCAAGGCAGAGCAUCGACAGGUCUGAGAAAUUGAAAAAUCAGUCCCACAACGUUGACAAGCUAGAAAAACUAAAAAACCCAUUUGACCAAAUGGAAAGGUCCCGGAGAAGUGUAGAUUGCAUUGAGAAGUCCCGGAAGAGCGUCGACCACCAAGUAGAAAGAGGGCGUAAGAGUGUUGAUCGGUUGGAUAGACUAAGAACUGGGUAAUUUUCGUACAGCAAUUUUAGAAGUCACGCAUUGGUUUGGUGUGAGGGAAAAAGUUGUCUUUCUUUCUUUCUUUCUUUUUUUUAAUAUCGGCUUGAUUUAUGGUCCUCCAGGGCUGUAUUCAGCUUGUGGAAGCUCUAUAAUAGCUACAGCAUAAAAUGAAAAGUGGUGUGGUGGUGUUAUGUGAUACAUUUCCUUUUCGGUUUCCGAUGAAGCUUACUCGUGGGAGUUCUGCUGUA